CCCGACACACAAAGGCUUGUUGUGUAACUGAAUGAGCGCUUUACUGUCGCCCUGCGUAAAUACGUAUUGUGGCAGGAGUUAUGUUCAUUAAGACAUUCUUUCGCGGAUUGUGGCGAAGAGAGAGAAUCUUUACAUAAUUGCGUUUAUGCCUUUUCACGUGAAAUGCUCCUUUAAAAUAAGGUUUCGUUUAAAUACACCUAGAUACAGCGAGGGCGAGCGGACUGUGAAGGCGCACUCUGGUUUCUGCACAGUUAGCGCCACACAUUACAUACAAAAAUGGUUACGUCGUAUCCUUUACCGAAGGGAUUUUCCGAUUUCGAUGUGUUCUCCCUUGGAUCUUGCCUGCUCGUGGAGGGUCUCCUCGGUUUCUUCCUGAAUGCCGUGACCGUAGUUGCUUUUCUUAAAAUAAGAGAAUUACGGACCCCGAGUAAUUUUCUUGUCUUCAGCCUGGCUUUGGCAGAUAUGGGGAUUUCUAUGAACGCCACCGUUGCAGCCUUCUCCAGCUUUUUAAGAUACUGGCCUUAUGGAUCAGAUGGAUGCCAGACCCAUGGCUUCCAAGGUUUUCUGACCGCACUUGCCAGCAUACACUUCAUCGCAGCCAUUGCUUGGGACAGAUACCAUCAGUAUUGUACCAGGACAAAGUUGCAGUGGAGCGGUGCUAUCAGCCUGGUCAUUUUCAUCUGGUUGUUCACUGCCUUCUGGUCUGCCAUGCCUCUGAUUGGCUGGGGAGAAUAUGACUAUGAGCCGCUGGGGACCUGCUGCACUCUGGACUACAGCAAGGGUGACAGGAACUAUGUAUCUUACCUGAUCCCCAUGUCCAUCUUCAACAUGGGCAUUCAGGUAUUUGUUGUGCUGUCUUCCUACCAGUACAUUGAUAAGAAGUUCAAGAAGACUGGCCAGGCCAAGUUCAACUGCAGCACUCCUUUGAAGACUAUGCUGUUUUGCUGGGGACCUUAUGGUGUCCUGGCCUUCUAUGCUGCUGUGCAGAAUGCUACCCUUGUCUCUCCUAAACUAAGAAUGAUCGCUCCCAUCUUGGCCAAGACAUCACCUACGUUCAAUGUCUUUGUUUACGCUCUUGGAAAUGAAAACUACAGAGGAGGAAUCUGGCAGUUGCUCACUGGUCAAAAGAUUGAGUCUCCUGCUAUUGAGAACAAUUCCAAAUAAACUAACCACCUAAUCAUUCAUUUAAUGUCCUGGUACUGUAGUUUUUAACAGGUAUUGACAUCUUUGCUUAUGUCAUUUUUGGUGUAUAUUUAUGUGCCUCAGAUGUGCUGAGCAUUUGUGGUGUGUUAUAUUUAAUAUGACAAUUUCAAGGAGUGAAAAUGUCUAGGUUGACAUUUUGACAAAGCACAUACAGCAGGCUGCUCCUAAUGAAUAUUUAACUGAACAGGGUCCAAUUUUAUAACUUGUUAGAAGAGAAUUUGUGGCUACUUUUCAAUAUGAGUUAAGCUACUGUCAAAGUCAAAGAUCAUAUCAUCUAAGGUAUAAGGUUUCUGGUAAACUGUAUUAUUGCUUUUAUACAUUAAAUUACAUUUGAAAAUGUGACAGCAGCCACUAAAAUUAAAUAAACUAAACUAAACCUAAUUCUACCAUCACCAUGUAAAUUUAUUUUAGUUAUGUUGUCCAGAAUGUAAAGUUUAACAAUACAAUACGGUUAGGAACUGAAGUGUAUGUUUUUCCAUAGGUGGAAAUGAUUUCCUACGAGAGAAGGACUACAUCAAUCUUUUGAGACUGAAUUAGGCAAGCAACAUCAUCUAAUCUCAGUAACACUGGAGCUUUUUAUGAAAACACAUUCCCCAGUGCACGAGAUUAGCAAAAAGGAAAAGAUUACGCAGGAGACGCUUUAAUUGGAAAUGUUCUCAUGCCAGCGUUCUUGUUUUCCUCAUGCACAUUCUCUCUCCAUUUCAACAUUAAAUCAUGUUGAUUCUUAAACAAUCUAAACAAAAAGUCAUUUCUUUACGCAGGGACACUGUAUAAAUAGGCUACUAGAAAAAUGAACAUACACUCAAAAGCUAAAUAUAGCAUCUGGCCAGAGUAGUUCACCAAACAUUUAUUUUGAACACAUUUGUUCUGCUGAACAAAUACUACACUAUAUAGGGAAGUAUUUAAAUGAAAUCCAUAAAAAAUUGCAAUUGCAAACACAACAUCACACUAUUACAAAUAUUAAAUUGUCCUUCUUGCUUCUCUGUGCUGAAGUUCUGACACAUCUAUGUUUGUGAUGUUUAGUGUAAUGUAUAUCCUGACUGCAAACUCUAUAAUACUGUAUAAACAAUGUGGCAUUUCAGAAAUGCUUGACCGUUAACAAUCCAUAAAAAUUGUACCCAAAUUAUUGUAUUUUGUGUCACAGACAAUAGAGAUGUAAUGUUUGAGUGCAAUUCUGUACCACAACACUUAUUGUUCCGUUCAAUUUGUUGUCUUGUUAAAAAGUCUACUUCAGGUCAACUUUCUCAAGUGCACUUUAUCUUGUGAAUGAUGUGCAACAUCUGUUCAGUGCAUACAUUGUCAACCAAAGUCAAUUGUUAUCACCCAAGAGGCAAGACAGUUAAAUAAACAUUGCUGGACACGU